GUCCCAUGACUACCUCACGGCUCUGGCACUACUCUGCUUCACGGGGUAUGCCGCGGACGUCACUGUGGGUAAGUGCGUGUUAUUCACUCGGAUGCCGCUCGAUGAUGAGGCUUGUUGACGACAGUCGACCAUCCAGGUGCCAUUGCGGGGGCCUAUGGCGCGGAUAUUGACACUAUCUCGAUGAAUAAGUUGGUCAUUUCGUUGAAGGUGUUCUUUGCGUCCGAGUGGUUCUUCGUCACGGCCGUCGCGGCUUUCCGACUCGCCAUCAUAUGCCUGUAUCUCGAGCUCUUUCAAGUCGCAUGGUUCUACCGGUGUGCGAUUACCACGAUUGUACUAGUGGUUCUCUACUGGCUGGCGUCCAUCCUGACAAUCACCCUUCUCUGCCGCCCGAUCAACUCCAACUGGAAUCCCACCAUAGAACGCACGUGUGGAAAUGUGGCAAAGACCGAGUACGCAUCGGCUGGAUUCAACCUAGCGGUUGACCUACUGGUAGUAACGUUGCCAAUGCCCAUAGUCUGGAAGCUACAGAUGACCGAAAAGAAGAAAUUCGGUGUUACAGCCGCCUUUUUACUGGGCUUGAUCACGGCGGGGAUCAACAUCGGCCGAAUCAUACAGACCAAACUAUGCGACCACGGCAACACGACAUACUGUGCACUAGAUGCGUCAAUCUUGAUUGCCGCCGAGAUCUCGUCGGGUAUACUCGUUUCCUGCGUUCCUACCCUGGGCCCCGUGCUAUUCCGCAACCGCACGCGAGCAUACAUCGAACGAAGCAGCCGGAAAGUGCGCACGAUUGGAUCAUCCGGGCGGCGGACCUGGGGGCAACGAAGGCCCCAAUCGACUACGCUGCUGAACUCACAUGAUGACGAUGAAUAUGAGCUUUCUGAGAGUCAGGCUGCGACGGGUGUCCAGAUUACAUCUCCAACUUCGUGCCAUUUCGGGAAGGGUGACCCUCCCAGGACUGACAAGUAUUCGACUGGUAUCAUGGUGGUCAACGAGACAUCAGUGUCGGAGAAGACUGCGCCGAUGGGACGGCAGCAGGGGACUGUACAGCCUUACCCAUUUUGAGGCAUACAUUGGUCACUAUCGCCGUCUCGCGAACGGUCUGAAGGGGAGAUGAAUGUGGGUCAAUGAACUGUACUAUACUAU